AUGAACGAGGCGAGCUCACCAAAUAUCCCGGCGCUCCGCAUGAGGCCAGGCGAUACUCUGGCGAAGCGAUACAAGCUCACGCGCAAGCUGGGUGCGGGCGGUUACAGCACCGUGUUCGCCGCGACGGACGCGCAGGAGCAACGCGACGUCGCCAUCAAGCUCCUCAAGACGGAUGGCGCGCACAACGACCCGAGCGCGCUCGGCAGGUUGCGCCAGGAAGCCCUCCUGCUUCGCUCGAUCCGCCACCCCAACGUCCUGCGCAUCUUCGACUUCGAGCGCCACGGGGACAUCGCCUUCCUCGUCAUGGAGAUGCUCGAUGGCCACUCGCUCGCGCGCAUCAUCGCCACCGAAGGCCCCGCCCCCUCCGAGCGCGUGCUGCCCGUCGUCAAGCAGCUCCUGAGCGCGCUCAACGCCGCGCAUCAGAACAAGAUCCUUCACCGCGAUAUCAAACCGGAGAACAUCCUCCUGUGCGCCCCGGGGCCAAAAUCAAAGCAAGGGCUGCGCGAGGUCGCAAAGCUCGUCGACUUCGGCCUCGCCAAGUCCUACGCCCCCUGGGAUGACGAGACCGACAAGGAAGAGCUCCAGAUCACGCUCGUCAAGACCAAGGCUGGCGGCUUCCUCGGCACGCCGCGCUACACGCCCCCGGAACAAGCCGUCGGCGAUCCCGUGGGGCCUUACACCGAUCUCUUCUCGCUCGGGCUCGUGAUCGCCGAGUGGCUCACCGGCGAGCUUCGCCUCAAAGGGGACACGCACGCCGAGUUGAUGCGCAACCUCGUUGGCCCCGACCCGGUCUACGUUGGAGAUUGCCCGCAAGCCUGGAGGGGUUGGCUGCGGCGCAUGCUCGACAAAAACCCAGAAAAUCGCAUUCAGAACGCCAGCCAGGCGAUGAACCAACUCCAGGAGAUGGUCGUCGCCGAGCUCAACGGCAACCGCCGCGCCGGAGAGCUCGCCUUUGACAGCGAGCAAGAAUCCUUCGUCGACGCCUUCAUCAUGCACGAGGAUGGCCCCACGAGCUUUCUGGACGAAGAUGGACCGCUGGAGCUCGAUCUCGACAAGCUCGCGGAAACACAACGCCCCAAGACCGUCAGCUCGCCAGAGAUCCGCACCCUCUACAGCACGCGUCGACUCGUCGAAGCGAGCCGUCGACGCGGACACGACGUCCGCGUCAUCGACCCUUGCCGCUGCUCGAUCCAUCUCGAUCCCUCCGCGCUCGAGGUCACCUUCGAAGGUCGAUCACUGCGCCACAUCGACUGCGUGAUCCCACGCGUCGGCUCGGCCUCGGCCGAUAUGGUCAUCAACCUCCUCAACCAGCUCGAGCGCCUCGGCGUCGUCUGCCUCAACAUCGGCGACGGCGUCCAGCGCUCGCGCGAUAAGUUUCGCUCGCUCCAGGAACUCGCGCUGGCAGGUCUCCCCGUCCCCCGCACCGCCAUGACGCGCCAGAUCGACCAACUCGAUCACUGCGUCGAGUCCGUCGGUGGCCCCCCCGUCAUCAUCAAACUACGCGAGGGCACUCAGGGCGUGGGCGUGAUCAAGGCGGACUCCUCGACCUCGGUCUCCUCGAUCGUUCAGGCGCUCUGGGCGCUCGAGCAACCUGUGCUGGUUCAGGAAUUUAUCGAGGAGAGCGACGGCGAGGACAUCCGCGCCUUCGUCGUCGAUGGCAAGGUCAUCGGCGCGAUGAAACGCAGCGCGAAGGAUGGUGACUUCCGCAGCAACCUCCACCUUGGCGGCGUCGCCGAGCGCGCCACGCUCACGCGCGAGAUGCGCGAUAUCGCCAUCGAGGCCGCAGCGACCUUUGGCCUCAAGGUCGCUGGAGUCGACCUCCUGAUGAGCCAUCGAGGCCCCGUGAUUACCGAGGUCAACCCCUCACCAGGGCUCGAAGGGAUCGAGGGAAUCACCGGCUUCGAUAUCGCGAAAUCAGUGAUCCGCGCCGCAGAAGCGCUCCACGUCAUCAACCAGGACAGAGUCGCGACGAGCUAG